AUGCUCGUCCAUUUCAACAGCAGCAAUGAAAAAUCCCUUGCAGAGUCUACUGGAAGCAUCAAUGCCCGAUUCAAGCUCGCAGGAAAUGAGUACGACUGCACACCAUUCGCCCGAUUCAUCUCCAGACUGGAAAAGGUCAAUGGGGAGUGGAAGAUGUUGAGCUUGGAUGCCAUGUUUGAGAGGGACACCAUUGCACCUGUUCAUCCUAUGAAUUCACCUCCUGCCAGGCUCGACGUGGAGGCUUAUCGGCCCAGUUAUAGGUGUAUUGCCUGGCAAGUAGCAUCUAAGGGUUUCCAGGUCAGUAGAGAUCUACCCGGCACGGAUCGACCGGAAUUGGUGAAGCGGCUCAUAGAUGAAAGUUAUAAGUGGAUUCAGCCGUAG